UAUGUUAAAAUUUACAUUUGUGUUCUAUUUCAUGUUUACACGUCAAACUAAAUAAGAUACUAACAUAUCAUUCUCUCCACUCCCAACUAAUAAUAAUUCAUUUAUUAAGUUGCCGGAAGAAGAGCAAAAAAUGCUGAUUUAUAUUUUAUGUGCAAAGCAUUUUACUUCGAAAAUCGAUCGUACACCGAUCUCGAACAAUUGUGCGAAAUGAUAAAACGUAUCUUUCGUAACAGUUUUGUCCGACAUCCAUGAAAGUUUAUUAAUAUAGGUAGCACGCAGGCAAAAGUUAUUUUGGGCAAAUGCUUGCUUGUGGUAACCUUAUAAAACACAACAUAAAUCCUACUGAUUUUAACAUUGACCGUCACCCUUGGAUCUAGCGCUUUGAAAUACUCACUCUAACUAAUCUUGUUUAAAACAUGGAUCCAGAUGAUUUAGAGAUGGCAAACGAAAUCAAAAGCAAAGUCAUAUUGCACUGGAACUGUCGAGACUUGGUGGAAUUUCCGGAAGUGAUAAGAUUGCACGGUAGUCACAUCAGGGAAAUAUAUCUCAAAUGGAACAAGCUCACUACUUUGCCAUCCUGGAUCAUGGAACUGUUUAAUGUGACCAACUUAUACAUGUACGGCAAUCUGAUUAAACAACUGCCUGUGGAACUCGGCAAGAUGACCCAGUUAACAGUACUGGAUUUAAGUGACAAUAAAUUGGAGCAGAUACCUUCCUGUAUCGGUAAUUUGAGCAAUCUAAAAUCUCUCUACCUAAAUGAUAACUUCAUAGAAAGAUUGCCAUUUGAAAUGAGUCAACUGAGUAAUCUGGAAAUAUUGUCCGUCUCGGACAAUCAGAUUGUUGCACUGCCGGAAUGGACUGGCUCUCUACCAAAGCUGAAAGAAUUAUAUGCAGAUCAUAAUCGGUUAAAAGAACUACCCAACAGAUUGACAACAGCCUCCGAACUUGCCAUGAUCUCUGUAUGUUUCAACAGGUUGAAGUAUUUGCCACUGAAUGGUUUCUCCUCGUCUCCUUGCAUUCGAUUUCAUGCAAAUAAAUAUUUGAAUUACAUGUCAUAUCCUCUUCUAUUUCAACUGCUUUCGCAACUUCGAAUAACGUGUGGAUGUUUCAAGACGCAUUAUGACGCCAGUGUGAUAAACACAAAUAUAAAGUUGUACGUAGAAACGAAAAUCUUAUACGAAAUGAACAACGUUAUAAUGAACGACGUUAUAAUUGAAUUGCCGCGACAGCUUCUAAAGAUUCACGAGAUCCACGAGAAUGCAAUCUGUUCUCUGUGGGAAUUAGCAUUGAGAAAAGUUUAUACUGACAGAUAUAAGCACACGCUCGAUGUUUCUUCCACAAAAGUAACAAUAUUCUACAGACCGCUUUUUAAGAGCACUAAACUCGACUUCACAUUAUCCUCUACGAACUACACUUUGUACAAUUUAUUAACGAACGGACCCACCAGUAUCUGCGUAAAUUCUCAGUGUCAGCAGCCUAUAUUUACAGAAGCGUGGAUUAUCAUCGGUAUCAAUUGUUACGCAGACUCCAUUAUAACGACAGCUCUAUGUUGCAGUAAAAGUUGUGCUAAUGCAUUUGCUACACACUCGAAUACAACAAUUAAGCUUCAUUGGCACACCAUCAAUUGAUGUAUAUGUAAACUCUCUUUUCAUUAGAUAUCUAAUAUAUUUCUGUACAUAUGUAAAAACUGUUAGGAAAAUAAAAUCAUUGUUGCGCAUA